AUGUUCGGCCGUCAGUCACAAACUCAGUUUCCCAAGCGAAGCAGCUCAGGCUACUCUUGGCCCGAGAGCGACAGCGAAGACGACAUCGUCAUCAGGCCCUGCGCCACAAACGAGAAGGCCGAUGCCACAGUCACCAUGACCGAGUGCAUUCCGGGCCCGACGGCGGUGGACCAGACCUCUCAGCCCAGACCUUCCCUCAGUGGCCGCCGCGCCUCCGCCGAGGACACCAACCUGCAAGAGCUUUGGGAAUGCAUGCUCGAGCUCCAGCAACAAUAUCACUGCUACAACUCGACGCGUAUGGAGAUUGCUGCCGACAGGGAGGAUGCUAUGGACAUGAUGCCCACCAAGUACUGCAUGGACAUGCUCAACGACUCCAUCGAGUCCCUUCCCGAAGAGGGCUGGAAGAAACUCAGCAAGUUUCUCAUCACCGACCUCGAGCACGCCCAAAAAUCGCAAAAGUGGAAGUUCUGGAAGCACCUCUAG